GCGCCACAGCUCCGUUUGCUGUGCACCACGCGCGCAAGAAAGACAUUCUUUUUUUUUUCAAAAAAUCAUUGACACUGGCUAAAAAAAGAAAAAAUCCAACACCAACACCAGCCAAGAUUUUUCUCCGGUGGAAGUGACGCGUCAACUGGACUUUAUCACAUCGUAACAAAGAAAAAUCCCUCGAAAUAAAUCGUUCCUGCGCAGUGAAUGCACCAACGGUAUAUCGGAGCAUUUCAUUGUCGGCACGUCGACCGGAAGUUUUGAAAUAAGGAUUUCAAGCCCUUGGAUUUUGAGAAUACCGGGUCUAUGUACAGUCCGGGGCGUUCGUGUUGCCAUCAAAGGAGAAAAAGGUGCGAGAGCUGCCCCAAGGAGUCUAUGAACUCCGAGGAAGCUAAUGACGACGAUUGGAUUCAAUAUCAAUGCCAAUAUUGAAGGGAAUAAUUCAUAUUAUUUUUUAGAUUGUUUUUUUAAAUCUUUUGUUUCGGGGAGUUUGUUGUUUUACUGUUGUUCGCGCUGGUGUAGCUAUUUUUCGUUGAAACAUGCUGAAUGAGGAGAAGGAUCUCGAUAAUGGAAUCAACAUCAAGUUUGGGAAGGAUAAGGAUGGCAAGGGCCAGUACACAGCUAUUUCUAAAAAGGAUCCCAAGAGGAAGAAGGAGCUCAACGGGAAUGCCAAAGUAACAGUAAAAGAUGAUAAAGGGGCGGGUGAGCUAGUGCCACCAGAUGGGGGCUGGGGUUGGCUGGUCCUGAUAGCAGCUGUGAUGGUGAAUGUCCUCAUCCCAGGAACGAUAAAGUCCUUUGGUGUUCUCUUCGUCGAGUUCCUGGAGGUGUUUGAUGCAUCACCAGCAGCAGCAGCAUGGAUACCAGCCCUCUGCUACUUCCUCUACAGCUCCCUCGGUCCACUGUCAAGUGUUCUCUCUGUCAAGUACUCGUACAGAACAGUGACCCUCAUCGGUGGAACUUUUGCUGCUGUUGGAAUGAUGCUCAGUUACUUUGCCAAUUCUGUUUUGUUUCUGUGUGUUAGUUAUGGGACUUUUGUGGGAAUUGGAGCUGGUUUAUCCUUUCCACCCACUGUCUACAUCGUCACUUCAUACUUUCUCAGGCUGAGGGGCCUUGCCAAUGGGCUCUGUAUGUCUGGCAGUGCCUUGGGAUCCAUUUUUCUACCGCCCCUGUUGGCUUAUCUGUUGAAUGAAUUUGGAUACAGGGGAGCAGUCCUAAUAAUGGGGGGAAUAACCCUGAACGUCUGGGCGAGUGCUCUUCUGUAUGAUCCAGUGGAGAAGCACAUGAAGUGGAUACCAGCGAGCUCGGAUCCCGAUGACGAGGAGAUUCCAAGCGUUCCCAUCAGUGUCACAUCUCCAGAGCCCGAAAAGAAGCCCAACAACGCCCUCAUAAUCGCCAACUCUGAGAAAUCCAAUCCAAUAGUUCCAAAGAGUGCAUCGAGCGUGGCCCUGGAGAACUACAGGAACACCCCAGCCCAGGGUCGAACGAGGAAGAUAAGCAUGCCAACUGGUCGUGAGAUAUCAUCCCAGAUGCACAGUACUCCAGCCCUCCAUGCAGUACCAGAGAGAGGUGUUGCCAGAAGACGACCAGCAGCUAGAUCUCCCAGCACAUCGUCCUUCAAUUACAUCAGCACACCUUACCACGGUAGCACCCUGUCAGCUCUCAAUCCAGAGUACGCCUCCACUCUCACCCUCAACGCAUUAUCGAAUACAUUCAGAAAAUCACCAGCCAAGACUGUCCAGCAGCCCAAGGUGGAAACCCCCAAGUUCUUCGACGUCAGUCUCCUCAGGGACCCCAUUUACCUCGUCAUCUUGAUAUCCAACAGUACAAAUGCUGUCAGCUACACGAAUUUCGUUAUUCUCUUGCCUGUCUACGCAAUCAGCAUUGGCUUUGAUAAAUCUGCUGCUGGAUAUCUCCUGUCUCUCGUCUCGAUUUUCGAUCUCGUGGGAAGAAUCGGUGGAUCUGCCCUCUCAGACACCAAAUUAAUUCCCAAACAUUGGUAUUUCGUGGGAGGACUCCUUGUCUCUGGUGUCUCCCUGGCAAUUUUACCGAUUGGAAAGAGCUAUGGGUAUGUGUCACUCUGGUGCUCUGUCUUUGGGCUCUCGUCUGGCAUUUAUGUGGGUGUCACUGCUGUCAUCAUGGCUGACAUGCUGGGGACUGAGAAGCUGACGUCUUCCUAUGGGAUCUCACUAUUUGUUAAUGGACUGCUGCAGCUCGUGGGUCCGCCCAUCUGUGGCAUAAUCUUCGAGCAGAUAAACGAUUAUGCACCCAUUUUUAGCUCCCUCGGUAUUAUUCUCGUGGCUGGAGCCUCUCUCUGGGCUUUUAUGCCUUAUCUCAGACGAAAACAGGCCAUUGACCAGGGGGAUAAGGCGGGGGUUUCUAAGGUUUGAGGGGGGACACGUUGAGAGAGCAGUUUUGUGGUUUCUUGGGUGAUUCAGUCAAUGAGAAAGGGUUAAAGGAUUAUAAAUCGAAUGAACUGAGAAUUACAAAGAAGUCCAUUGAUCCAUUAAUCCAUUGACCCUCGACUUCUUCGUUAUUGAAUUGCUUUUUUUUGAGAGGGGGGGUUACUUUCUGGGAACUGGUGGGUGAGUGUUUUGGAGGAGUUAUCGAAACCAUGAAAUAUAUUCUUUGGGUGAAAUAUUCGAUUGUUUCGAUAAUAAAUCACUUUAGGAAGUAAUUUUCAUUGGUAAUUUAUCCAGAUACGAGAACGUCUUUUACGUAAUAAUGAGCAAAUAUGUUCGAUUUAUGGAGGAAAUUGAUAAAUUGCUCACGACGUAUGUCCUCACUGCCGUCAGCCAGCCUGAGUACGAAAUCCAGUAUAUCUUCCUUUCUCAGCCAUUGCAUUUUUAUAUAGACGAAUUUUUUCUUUCUUAUUUUUCGCUAGAACUAAUUGUGUAUAAUCUGUGGAUAAAUGUGGAGAUCAUUGAGAUCAUUGAGAUGUAUUAGAUAACACUUCAAAGUCUUUGAGGGAUAACAGAGAAGGGGUGAAGUGAAAAAAUAAUGUCUUGCCUUAUUAAUAAUUAAUAAAAAUGCUAUCUAGAGGAGCACAUGCGAAGGCAGUACUCGAUACUGGAUUUAAAUGAAACAAAUGUUAGGAAAGUACUUAUAUUAUAGCACAAAGUACUACUGUAUAAUUAAAAUCUGACUUUUGUAAAUCUAUAUUUCCUUACGAUUGAGAUAUCAUGAAAAUAUGAGGUUUCAUAAACAAUUUUAAUCCCUUCGACGUGUUACAAUAUGUCCAUACAUGAAUGAAAGUAUGUUAAUGUGUAAUUAAUUAGGGAUAUUCUGUUUCAAAUGAAUGGACCAAGUCGAAGGCGAUACAUAACACUUUAAGGUCCUUUGGUUCGAUUAUCAAUAUUUUUAUUUAAUCAGUUCAAUGACUAUAUAGGCUAUUGAUCGAAUGGAUUUAUUAAUAAAUGAUCAAGUAUUUUUUGUUUGAUGAUGCCCAUCUCGCUGUGGUGCAGAAUAUAAACUGCAGUAUUUUGUAGAAUUAUUUUUUAACAUCUGUCAUUGAAAUUAAACGAGAUAAAUAUUAUUUAAUACUAAUCCAUCAUCCUCCAGCAAUUUGUUCGAGUGGUGAUAAUUCGAGGGUUUAUUCCGAGAAUAAACGUAUAUAAGACAAUUCA